AUGCGAACCAUUGUUUUUGCCUUGAUCGGCGCGUCACUGGCCACCAGCGCAGCAUCGGCAGCACCAAACGUGCCAGCCUAUGUCAUUGACUAUGCACCACUUGUCGCGCUCGAUAAAAACGAAGUCUUAUUCCCAGCGGAUAUUGGGAAACAGUUACUCAACACCAUUCCCAAAGUCAACUUCACCAAAGUCGGCGAGCCGUUGCAUCCACUAACACUCAACAACUUGAACCAACUCAACAAGUUUGGUAAUGCAUCAGUCUUCCUGACUGCCAAGGAAGACGUCACAGAUCUCGCAAAGGAGCCGUCCUGGGUACAUGGUGUUAAGCCAAAUGCUCAAGGCGAGACCGUAGGCGCCGUCUCUUGCACUAUCAUUCUUCGAUCUCAUCCUGACAACUCUUCCGUCGUCGACGCCUUUUACUUCUACUUCUUUUCCCUUAAUAACGGCGGGUACGUGCUUGGUGUUCCUAAAAACUUUCAUGUUAGUGACUGGGAGAAUUCAGUUAUCCGCUUCGUGAACGGCAAGCCAACUGAAAUAUUCUUUUCUCAGCAUGAGUAG